AUGGGGACAGCCCGGGAGGGGACACGGGUGGCUGGAGGGGACACGGGUGGCUGGAGGGGACACGGGUGGCCUGGCGCUGUCCCCGUGUCCCCUGAGCGCUGUCACUGUCCCCAGGUGGAGCCUCAGGCCACGGUGGCAGACAUCAAAAACCUGUUCAGCAAGAGCCAUCCCCAGUGGUACCCGGCGAGGCAGUCCCUGCGCCUGGACCCCAAGGGGCGCUCGCUCAAGGACGAGGACGUGCUGCAGUCGCUGCCCGUGGGCACCACGGCCACGCUCUACUUCUGGGACCUGGGGGCGCAGAUCAGCUGGGUCACGGUGUUCCUGACGGAGUACGCGGGCCCUCUCCUCAUUUACCUGUCCCAGGUGUCCCAGGUGACACUGGGGACACUGGGGACAUUGGGGACACUGGGGACAGUCACCGCCAGCCGGCACCGCGUGGUCCACCUGGCGUGCUGCUGCCACUCGUUCCACUACGUCAAGCGGCUGCUGGAGACGCUCUUCGUGCACCGCUUCUCGCACGGCACCAUGCCCCUGCGCAACAUCUUCAAGAACUGCACCUACUACUGGGGCUUCGCGGCCUGGAUGGCGUACUACAUCAACCACCCGCUGUACACCCCGCCAGCCUACGGUGACGAGCAGGUGAAGCUGGCGCUGGCCGUGUUCCUGUGUCUCUGUCCCUGUGUCACUGUCCCUGUCCCCGCAGGUUCCAAGACGCGGAAGAUCCCGUACCCCACCCGCAACCCCUUCACGUGGCUCUUCCUGCUCGUGUCCUGCCCCAACUACACCUACGAGGUCGGCUCCUGGAUCGGUUUCACCAUCAUGACCCAGUGCCUGCCCGGUGAGGGGACACGGGGGGACACGGGGGGACACGGGAGGGGGGUGGCACCCCGAGACCCCGGCUCUGUGUCCCCUGAGCCACCCUGGGGUGCCCCUGUCCCCUCUAUCUGUGUCCCCUGUGCCACCCCGGAUUUUGGGUGGAUUUUGCGGUGA